AUGCUGGGAGCCGUGUGUCUCGCUGUGCUGCUGGGCUAUGCCUACGGAUGCGGUCAGCCGGCCGUGCCACCACUCCUCGGCAACCGGGUGGUGGGCGGUGAAGAUGCCCGUGCCCACAGCUGGCCAUGGCAGAUCUCACUGCAGUACAGCCGCUACGGGGCUUGGCACCACACGUGCGGCGGGACCCUCAUUGCCUCCAACUGGGUGCUGACAGCCGCCCACUGCAUCAGCUCUAGCAUGACGUACCGUGUGGUGCUGGGCAAGCAGGUCCUGUCGGAGGAGGACGAGGCGGGCUCUCUGGCCGUGGAGGUGGACAAGAUCAUCGUCCAUGAGAACUGGAACUCCUUCUUCAUCAUCAACGACAUUGCCCUGAUCAAGCUGGCGCAGGAGGUGGAGCAGACCGACACCAUCCAGGCUGCCUGCCUGCCACCUGCCGGCCUGACCCUGGAGAACGACUACCCCUGCUACAUCACUGGCUGGGGACGCAUCCGGACAAAUGGACCCCUGGCUGACGUCCUGCAGCAAGCCCUGCUACCCGUGGUGGACUACGAGACCUGCUCGCAGCGGGACUGGUGGGGCAGCAAUGUGCGGCCCACCAUGGUCUGCGCCGGCGGUGACGGCGUUGUCUCCGGCUGCAACGGCGAUUCUGGUGGCCCCCUGAACUGCCAGCGCAACGGGCUCUGGGAGGUGGAUGGCAUCGUCAGCUUUGGCUCCGGGCUGGGCUGCAACACGGCCAAGAAGCCCACCGUCUUCACCCGGGUGUCUGCCUACAUCGACUGGAUCAACGAGAAAAUGAGUGCAAACUGAGGUGGCGGCACGUGGUGUGGAAAGUCUGGAGAGGGAUAAAGGCAAAAG